GGAGCCAUGUGCAUACAGGCCAAGGGGCACAGUGCUAACUGUCUGGUUUCCUCGGUAGAUGAGAGGGGCACCCCCCGUGUAGCGCGGCCGUGCCCAACUGGAGGAGGGACGUGGCUGUGUUCAUGCCUGCAGGACUUGGAUAACAGACCCACCAGUCACUCGAUGGGGAGCAGCCGUGGACCCCCUUUUGGUGUCACCUUCCCGCCCCUGUGUAGCCAGAUCAGCUGUUUCAGAACCUGCUCAGUAGUCAUGAUGAAACUGGUAUUAACUGAAUGGCAGUUAUGGAUUUUUAACUCGGACGCGCAGUAAGCCGCGCCACAUGCUGACAGCCCGACCCGGAUCUUCCCGUUGUGCUGUGUGUGGGGGCCGCUGGCCAGAGGUACAGGCCGCUUGCAGGAGGCAGGGGAGAGUUACUUCACGGAGAUACCCACAGAGCGCAGAGGAGCCGCCAGCCGUUCCACGCCUGUCUGGCCUGAGCGGCGGGAGCGUCCCCGGGCCCAGAAGCUUGUUAACGGAAAGGGAUGAGAAUGGCCCCGCAGAAUGCUGACUCCACAUCCCUGCCGGUACCUGAGCUGCCUACGGCCCUGCCCACCCUGCAGAAGCCUGGGGCUGCCGAGGCCCGAGAGGAUGCCGCCAGCGAGGGAUCCAUCGACCGCAUCCCCGUGCGGCUGUGGGUGAUGCACGGGGCAGUGAUGUUUGGCCGUGAGUUCUGCUAUGCCAUGGAGACGGCCUUGGUUACGCCCAUCCUACUGCAGAUCGGCCUCCCGGAGCAGUACUACAGCCUCACAUGGUUCCUGAGCCCCAUCCUUGGCCUCAUCUUCACGCCCCUCAUCGGCUCCGCCAGUGACCGCUGCACCCUGCGCUGGGGCCGCCGGCGCCCCUUCAUCCUGGCCCUGUGCGUGGGGGUGCUGUUCGGGGUGGCCCUCUUCCUCAAUGGCUCCGCCAUCGGCCUGGCGCUUGGUGACGUCCCCAACCGGCAGCCCAUCGGCAUCGUCCUCACGGUGCUGGGUGUGGUGGUCCUGGACUUCAGCGCCGACGCCACCGAGGGGCCCAUCCGUGCAUACCUGCUGGACGUGGUGGACAGUGAGGAGCAGGACAUGGCACUCAACAUCCACGCCUUCUCAGCCGGCCUCGGAGGAGCCAUCGGCUAUGUGCUGGGCGGCCUGGACUGGACCCAGACCUUCCUGGGCGCCUGGUUCCGGACGCAGAACCAAGUGCUCUUCUUCUUUGCGGCCAUCGUGUUCUCAGUGUCAGUGACGCUGCACCUGCUGAGCAUCGAAGAGGAGCAGUACAGCCCCCCGCAGGAGCGCCGCGCUGAGCCCGCGGGUCCCGCCCCUGGCCGCCUGCCUGUGCCCUUCCCCGACGAGGUGCAGUCUGAGCACGAGCUAGUCCUGGACUUCCCGGACAUGGACAUGGUGCGCAGCAAGAGCGACUCGGUGCUGCACGUCCCCGACACGGCGUUGGCGCUGGAGCCUGAGCCUCUGUUUCUCCACGGCAUCGAGCCAUCCAUCUUCCACGACGCCUCCUGCCCCAGCACUCCCCACAGUGCUGGCCGUGAUCGGGAGCUCCGCUGGCCAGCCCUGUCUGGGGCCGGGGCCGAGGAGGACGAGACGCUGCUGGACAACCAGAUGGAAGGUGCCAAGGUGCCCAAUGGGGGUGGCACCCAGCCACGGGACGGCUACGCGCACAUCGACACCAGGCCCAUGGCUGCACCGGGCUCCAUGCGGCGGCGGCGGCAUGUGUUUCGCCGGCAGGCGUCCAGCACCUUCUCCUACUACGGCAAGAUCAGCUCGCACCGCUACCGCUACCGGCGGGCCAACGCUGUGGUUCUCAUCAAGCCCUCUCGCAGCAUGAGCGACCUCUACGACCUGCAGGCCCGCCAGCGCCAGCGCUGCCGCCACCGCCACCAGAGCGGGGCCACCACGUCCAGCGGGGACACGGAGAGCGAGGAGGGUGAGGGCGAGACCACCGUGCAGCUGCUGUGGCUGUCGAUGCUGAAGAUGCCGCGCGAGCUGACGCGCCUGUGCCUCUGCCACCUGCUCACCUGGUUCUCCGUCAUUGCCGAGGCCGUGUUCUACACCGACUUCAUGGGCCAGGUCAUCUUCACGGGGGACCCUAAGGCGCCUUCCAACUCCACCGCCUGGCAAGCCUACAACGAUGGGGUCAAGAUGGGCUGCUGGGGCCUGGUCAUCUAUGCAGCCACUGGCGCCAUCUGCUCGGCUCUGCUGCAGAAGUACCUGGACAACUAUGACUUGAGCAUCCGGGUCAUCUAUGUGCUGGGCACUCUGGGCUUCUCCAUUGGCACAGCCAUCAUGGCCAUUUUCCCCAAUGUCUACGUGGCCAUGGUCAUGAUCAGCACCAUGGGCAUCGUGUCCAUGAGCAUCUCCUACUGCCCCUACGCUCUCUUGGGCCAGUACCAUGACAUCAAGGAGUACGUUCACCACAGCCCCGGAAACUCUAAGCGUGGUUUCGGCAUCGACUGUGCCAUCCUUUCGUGCCAGGUCUACAUUUCGCAGAUCCUGGUGGCCUCCGCCCUCGGGGGUGUGGUGGACGCCGUGGGGACCGUGUGUGUCAUCCCUGUGGUGGCCUCUGUGGGCUCCUUCCUGGGCUUCCUGACAGCCACGUUCCUGGUGAUCUACCCUGACGUAUCAGAGGACACCAAGGACGAGCAGAAAGGCCUCUCGGCGCUGGCGGUUGGCGAGGGCAGUGGCGAGAAGCCCAUGGUGCUGCGGUUGGCGGGGAAGGCGGGUGCGCCCCGGGCCGGGCUGGUGGAGACAGAGUCCAUGGUGUGAACGGCCUGGCCCGGGCAGUGGCGGCGGAUUGCAGCGACAGCAAGAAAUUACACACUAAUUCCUUUUUCCGCAAUUCAAAUAAUCAUUUGGAUUUUUUGUUCGUUUGGUUGUUUUUUUUUUGGAGAAAGAGCUUCUCAUUUCGGGCGCCUCUUAUUAGCAGGCUUCAUUCUGCAUGUUUCUGAAUUGUUAGGCCUGAUGUGCACUGGAGGCCACGGAGCAGAGCCAUGAGUCUGCCUGCCUCCUGCAACUGGGUUUCGAACUGAGCUCGCCCGCUGCCCCUUGGGGCUCCCUCUCUGUAUCCCGCAGGACGUGCUCUGGGCCAUUUCUCCGAGACGUGUGACUGGCUCGCUGCAUGUUCUGGGUUGUCGGCUGCAGAGGACAUUUUCUUGACUAUUUUAUAGAUUUGCUUCCGGACCCAUGUCCUGUCCUCCUCGGCCGGCGUGAGACCCGUGGUCACACCUGCGCCAGGGGAGGCAGGGUGUGGAGCAGGGUAGCUUUGGGGGCUGGCUCCACCAGCCCUCCAGAGGGGCCCAAGGCUUGCAAAUGGCUGAUUCUCUCUUUGCACUUUGACCUUCCAACACCCGUGGGGGCCUCAGGAGAGCGGUGCCCCCUGUCCUGCCACCAGGCCUACCUCGGAGCCCCCGCUGGCACCCCCUAAACGCAUCUGACCUCUCUCCUGCCCACCCGCUGGACACUGGAGCACAGCGGGGGCGGCCGGGGGCGCCGAGAACCGCCGCCCCCACGCCACGCACUGUCCCACCCACUGCCCCGCACCCACUCCCGGACCCUGUCUCCAUUGGGCCCCCGACACAGGGAGCCCCAGGGGCCACCCUGCCGUGGGGUCGGUGCCUUCGUGGGGGCCCCGAGGGCGGAGAAUCAUGCUGCAGUGUGACCGUUCCGAGCAAAUGUACAGACACGAAUAUAUAUUUCGGGAUGAAACCAACUGUUUUUAAAUAAAUUACUUGAAUUUUC